AAUGCAAUAUUGGAAUAUUACCAAAUAAUUCAAUUUUUAUUAAUAAUGAUUUGACAAAAAACACUUUUAAAUUUAAAUAAUAAAGGAUCUAAAUAUUUGUUUCAAAUGAUCAUGAUAAAUUUUAACUGAGUUUGUAUAUUUUUGCCUGCAUUCACAAUCAAAAAAUCUAUAAAAAAAAAAAGUUACACUUGGGUAAUUGAACCAAAAAAAUACACUAAUUUUAUAUCCGACUGCUGUCCUCGGUUUGUGGCAUGGCUGCAUAUCUAAACCGCACAAUAUCCAUGGUGGCUGGAUCUGGUCAAAACGGAAACUCUGUGAACAACCGCUUGGAAUCUGCAAUGGCUGGUGGUGAUCAUCGUUCUUUGCGUUCCAACAUGGAAUCUUCACCACUACAGAUCUUCGUGAAAGCUAAGAAAAAGAUAAAUGAUAUAUUCGGGGAGAUUGAAGUUUUUGUUCAAGAAACAUGUGACUACAUGGAAGUGAUGAACAAUUCAACAAAAGAAAUUAUCGAUGAGCAGGAAGUAAAAAAAAUUGGCACAUAUGUACAAAAAGUUAGAGGCAUUCGAGAAGUGUUGUGUAGAGAUCACAUGAAGGUUGCAUUUUUUGGUAGAACCAGUAAUGGCAAAAGCACAGUUAUUAAUGCGAUGUUACGUGAUAAAAUUUUACCAAGCGGAAUUGGACAUACAACAAAUUGUUUUCUGCAAGUUGAAGGAACUCCUGGACAGGAAGCCUAUCUUGUUACUGAAGGCAGUGAAGAAAGGAUGAAUGUUAAGUCUGUUGGACAACUGGCUCAUGCUUUGUGUGAAGAGAAGUUGAGCGAGUCCCAGCUUGUGAGAAUAUUUUGGCCUAAGGAAAGAUGUCUUUUACUUCGGGAUGAUGUGGUGUUUGUGGACAGUCCUGGUGUGGAUGUUACACCUAAUUUGGAUGGAUGGAUUGACAAACAUUGCUUGGACGCCGAUGUCUUUGUUCUAGUUGCUAAUGCAGAAAGUACACUUAUGGUCACGGAAAAGAACUUCUUUCACAAAGUGUCUACACGACUGUCCAAACCAAACAUUUUCGUUCUGAACAACCGUUGGGAUGCUUCUGCUUCUGAACCGGAAUUUCUAGAUCAGGUCAGAGCACAGCAUCUGGAGCGAUCGGUUGACUUCCUGGUGAAAGAAUUAAAAGUUUGUACGCCUAAAGAAGCUGACGAAAGGGUUUUCUUCAUAUCGGCCAAAGAGGUUUUGAAUGCACGACUUCAAGAACAGAAGGGGCAACCACCACAUUCAGGGGCACUCGCUGAUGGCUUUCAGACGCGAUAUUUUGAAUUCCAAGAUUUUGAGAGGAAAUUCGAGGAAUGCAUUUCACAGUCUGCAGUCAAAACGAAGUUUGAGCAGCAUUCGCAGGGGGGCAAAAAUAUUGCCAUUGAAAUGGAAAGUACUCUUGACUCAAUAUACAAACGUGCUGGUACAUUGCGUGAAGAAACAUUAGAGAAAAAACGAAAGGUAUCGGACAGUUUAAAUUAUACUGAAACUCAACUUAUGGCAGCAACUCGAGAAAUGAAAGAAAAAAUACAUGGCAUGGUUGAGGAUGUCGAACAAAGGGUCUCUAAAGCUUUGUCAGAAGAAAUCCGAAGAUUGGCCGUUUUAGUCGAUGAAUUUAGUUUGCCCUUCCAUGCUGAGCCUCUGGUUUUAAAUGUCUACAAACGAGAAUUACAUGCCCAUGUAGAAAAUGGCUUGGGCUCAAAUCUUCGUGCCAGAUUAUCAACUGCUUUGGCAAUGAAUGUUGAGGCAGCACAGAAAGAAAUGUGUGAGCGUAUGGGUGAACUACUAUCAGACUGCCCGAGUGCCAAACAGCAGAUAGAAUCAGCACCACGAACAGGACCAUUUGAAAUCCUCUAUCGAUUGAAUUGCGAUAACCUAUGUGCAGAUUUUACCGAACGAUUAGAGUUUAGGUUUUCUUGGGGCAUCACUGCCCUUAUACAACGUUUUGCCGGCAAAAAGGCUAAUAGAUUGGCUAUAGCCAACUAUCCAGAAGGGGUUCCAAACCAAGCUAUGACUCCAACAGCUUCUGGUGAUUAUUCUUUAGUAUCCCAAAACGGACAGAAUUCUGGUGUACCGUGCUAUGCAUCAAGUCUUUUGCGAGAUGAAUGGGGCAUCAUAUCUCGUGUGGCUGUUGCUUCAAUCGGAUCACAGGGUACUAUGGGUGGAUUGCUAGUAGCUGGAUUUAUGUUGAAAACGGUCGGAUGGCGUUUGUUAGCAGCAGCAGGAGCCUUGUAUGCCAGUGCGUAUCUAUAUGAAAGACUCACAUGGACUAAUAAAGCAAAAGAAAGAGCCUUUAAGAAACAAUAUGUUCAACAUGCUACCAGAAAACUUAGGCUUAUUGUGGAUCUUACUUCGGCCAAUUGCAGUCAUCAAGUUCAACAAGAAUUAUCAAGUACGUUUGCUAGACUUUGUCAUUUGGUUGAUGAAGCGACUACAUCAAUGAAUAAAGAGCUUUGCUCGCUAGAACAACAAAUUUGCAGAUUGGAAUCACACAGUUCAGAAGCUAAGGUGCUUCGUAAUAAAGCAAAUUAUAUAAUGAAUGAAUUAGAUUUGUUUGAAGGUAGUUUUCUUAAAAUGUGAUAGGCAAUCAUAACGGCAGCUGGACUUAAGAGCCUCAUCACAUUGGAGAUUUCUAUACUAGGAAAUAUAUAAUUUACGAACAAACAAUUUAUAAUAAAAGCUAGUGAAAAGGUAGUGCACAUGUAAACACUUUAAAGUGAUUUUUGU